CUUCAUUCACCCACGCGUGGUGAAGGAAGCCCGCUUACCCACGACAGGGUCUUCGACUCCCAUCUCUGUUAGGGGAUGACAAGACCCAGCGCUUCUUCGAUCAGACGGUCACCGACCUCCCCUUCUUCCUCACUCUCGAGCCGACUGAUCGCUCCCCGGCGUUUCGUCGCCACCACUCCUCUGCACAUUUCGAUAUGAUGGAGACGGGGUACGACUUCAUUCUCGGCACUCCGUGGUCUCGUCGGUUCCGCAGCACCGAGGCCGAUUGGGCGACCAACACUCUCAUUCUUAAAACGAAGAGUGGACAGACAUAUCGCGUAGCUUUCAUAGGUAUCACGGUGACACCAGGCCCCGAUCCUCCUCCCCCGGAGCCUUCAGUGCCCAUACCAUCUCCCUCUAUCACUGUCACCUCGCCUCGGCGGUUCGACUUCAUUCGACAGGACGACGUCACCUUCUUUAUGGUGAACGUGACGGAUCUCUUACACUAUGAUCCACCCUCUCCCGACACCAAGCUCAUCCCUCUGGAGCCAGAUCCUCCCUCUAUCUCUAUGGCUCCCAUCUCUACUUUCGUCCCUCUGCCAUCCGUCGAGUCCACCCCGCCAUCGCGCGCCGACGCUGACGCUGAGGAACUUGCACGAUACACGACUGACCUGGAGCCCGCAGUUCGUAACCUCAUCCGAGAGUACCACGACGUUUUCCCAUCGUCGUUCUCAUACGCCGGCAUCCCAACGAUGCGUGACGUCGAGCACUCCAUUCAGCUUGUGCCCGACUAUCGUGUUCACCACCAGGCACCCUACAGACUCUCGAUCCACGAGGCCACCGAACUCAAGCGUCAGCUUGAGGAGCUCCUGAGACUGGGUUUCAUUAAACCCAGCAACUCCCCGUGCGGUGCACCCGUCCUCUUUGCUCGCAAAGCGGAUGGAACUCUCCGUCUCUGCAUCGACUAUCGCGGUCUCAACCGCUACGCGGUUAAGAACAGUUACCCCAUGCCUCGUUUCGACGAGCUGUUCGAUCGCCUAGCAGGCAACCGCUUGUUUACGAAGAUUGAUCUUCGUAGCGGUUACCAUCAGAUACGCGUCGCUGCAGCCGACCAGCCGAAGACCGCACAUGGCUUCUACGCCAAGCUGAGCAAGUGCCGCUUUGCCCAGCACAAAGUGGAUUUCUUAGGACACUACGUGUCUGACCAGGGUGUCCACAUGGACGACGCGAAGAUCACUGCUAUUGCGGAGUGGYCCGCUCCCACAUCCGCCAAGCAGCUUCGCAGCUUCCUAGGCCUGACCAGCUACUACAGUAACUUCAUCCGGGGAUACGCUAGGUAUUCCUACGUCCUUACCUCCACCCUCCUCCGGAAGAACCCACCCUGGGCUUGGACACCCCUUCACGAGGACGCCUUCCGCGCCCUCAAGAAGGCGGUGACAUGCGCACCGGUUCUUCACCUACCCGAUUUUGACCGCCCUUUUAUCCUUACCACCGAUGCGUCAGACUUCGCUGUAGGAGCAGUGCUUUCUCAGGUCUUCCCCUCCUCUCCUGAUUCCUCUCAUCCUCUUAUCCCUCGCUUCCCACCACCUACCCCUACCACUGCUUCCCGACUGACGCCUACUCGUCCAGCUACUGACGAGCCUUCUAUUGACUAUUCUCCUACCAUCGCCGAGGACGGCACUUUCGAGACUCGCUCAUGUGAUUGUCCGAUAGCCUUCUACUCCCGUAAGCUCCUGCCUGCCGAGAUAAACUACACUGCUGAUGAACGUGAGGUUCUCGCAGUAGUUUAUACCGCUCGACACUCGCGUCACUACCUGCACGGGGCACCAUUCACGGUGCGCACGGACAACUCUGUUGUCCAGGYUUUUCUGACAAAGCCGAAGCUCACUCCUCAACAGGCUCGCUGGUGUAGCGACCUAUCCGAGUUUAGUUUCACCACUGAGCACAUCAAGGGAGAGACUAAUCGGGUCGCAGAUGCCCUCUCCCGGUGCCCUGACCACGACCAGGAGCACAUCCUGCUCUCUUCCAUCCCGGUCACCAUCGUCCACCACUCGGUGAUCAACGAGUUUCGCACUCAGUACCGCCACUGCCCCGACUAUCGCGAUAUCCAUGCGACCCUUCGGAGUGGCAAGACUGUCCCGAACUACUCUCUCGGGGACAACGGUCUUGUGUACUGGCACGGUUCACAGGGCACUAGAGAGCCCCGUAUUUGCGUUCCCUCCACUGGACAGCUAAGGGUCCGAGCAGUAGCAGAGUUUCAUGACCAGGCAGCUGCCGGUCAUAUGGGCUUCCACAAGACGUUGGCUCGUGUGAGCCGCGUGUACGUCUGGCCGAAGCGCAAGGACUUUGUAAAGGACUACGUCGCAGAGUGUCCCACCUGUCAGGAGGUGAACAGUGCGAACCACUUACCUUAUGGUUUGCUCCAGCCUCUUCYUAUCCCUGAGGGUCGUUGGCAGUCCAUCUCGAUGGACUUUAUCGGUCCCCUUCGUCCUCCGACCCCUCGCGGUCAYGAUGCUAUCCURGUCGUCRUCGACCGCUUCACGAAGCRUGCACSCUUUGUUCCGUGCCGCUAUGCCAUCAGUGCACGCGAGGUCGCCGACAUCGUGUUUGACCGAGUCGUACGUGACCACGGCUUACCUCUGAGCAUCAUAUCUGACCGUGACCCGCGCUUUACCAGCCGAUUCUGGCGACGGCUCCACGAGGUAUACGACACUUUGCUCCGCUUCUCCUCGUCUUACCAUCCUCAGACUGAUGGUCAUACCGAGAUCACAAACAGGACUCUCGGAGAUAUUCUUCGAAAGAUUGUUCAUGACGACCAGCAGUGGGAUCUUCAUCUUGCCCACGCGAAGAUAGCCUACAACCACGCCGUCUCGCCAGCCACGGGGAUGUCGCCUUACUACUGCGACCUCGGCUACCACCCUUGUGUUCCCGCGGACUUCCUUCGACCAUCCCAGUUGCACCUCGACACGAGUUGUCGCGCGCUGGACGAUUGGGUUGCACACAUGACGUCGAUCAUGAAGACCGCACAUGAGCACAUAGCCGCUUCCCAGACUUGCAUGGCAGCACGUGCGAACCAAUCGAGGAUGGAUCACCCAUUCAAGGUCGGUGAUGAUGAGCUUAUCGACGCCCGCCACUUACAGCUAAAAGCGGACACGCUUCGCAAGUUUCGGCGUCGCUUCUUUGGCCCAUGCCGCAUCCUCCCGGCCGUCGGUUCUGAUACGACAUCUAGCCCGGUCAGCUUUCGUGUGAAGCUGCCCGACAACCUACGCCAGGCUCGUGUGCAUGAUGUCUACCACGUCUCGUUACUGCGUCCUUACCACAGACCGUCUGAGCGUUUCGCUGGACGACCAUACGAGCGCCCUCCACCCAUCAUGGUUGACGGCCACGAGGAGUUCCUUGUUUCAGACAUCAUUGGUCGCAGAGUGACCGACGACAACCCUCCCCACGUAGAGUACCUCAAGAAAGAAGCCAAGGAGGCGGAGGAGAGGAAAAGGAGGAAACCGGAGGGAAAGGUUGCAAAGGAAGAGGAAACUCGGAUUGAGUUGAUAAAAAAGCAGGAGGAGGCAUACAAGGAGCAAAAAAGAAAAUGGGAAUUGAACAAGAUUUUGGCAGAACAACGCGAAGAAUUCGAAGAACGACUGGAGGACAUCGUGGAUCAAAAGCUCAAGAUUGUGGAGCUUAGCAAACACAAGAAGAAAGGAAAAGUGGAGAUAGAAGAACCUAUGGACUCUUCGGAGGAAGAAACGGAGAAGGAGACACCUCUCAAAGAUAAGCGCAAGAGACGGGACUCUACAGGAGAAGUGGCGAACAGUCCCCCGGUGGUAACACCGUUGAAGGUGGGAAGGGGAGAAGAUAAAGUUGAGACCCCUGCCAGCGAGAAGAGAAAGGGAAGGGGGAGACCAACGAAGGUUGAAGCACAAGCCUCAAGGCUUGAUCGUGGCGAAGACCCGUGGGAAGGGGUACCUACGGGCGCGAAGUUUGCAACAGAGGCUGCGUUCAGAAAAGCGGUAAGAAAAACUUUAGCAUCCUUCUACCCUGACACCUUGAAGGCGAUGUGUAGGGGCGCCGGCUUGCAGUAUUACGGUGUGAACGACGGGGUAGAUAUCUUAGCCGAACUCCGUGUCACCUACUACUUUAGGGAAAGGAACCAUGCAGGCUCUACAUAAGAGAAACCAAGCGAUGAGGAACAAAUGAGGGGUGAGUUGCAAGACUCUCACAAGGACCCGACAGAGUAGGUCGGACACAUGGGAACUGCUAUGUAAAUUCUUAGACUGCCAUAAGUGGUGUAAGCUUGAACGCAAAACAAAGGGGGUAAGAGUCU